AUGGGGGGCAAAUCCGAAAACAAGGCCGGCUACUUCGAUAAGCUCAAGGGCUUACUCGAGGAGUACAAGUCCAUCUUCAUCGUCACCGUCGACAAUGUCAGCUCUCAACAAAUGCACGAGAUCCGUGGAUCUCUCCGUGGUGAGGGUGUUGUCUUGAUGGGAAAGAACACCAUGGUCCGCCGUGCCGUCAAGGGCUUCGUCAACGACAACCCAGAAUACGAGCGUCUCCUUCCUUUCGUCAAGGGUAACGUCGGUUUCGUCUUCACCAACCAAGAUCUUAAGACCAUCCGUGACAAGAUUCUCGACAACAAGGUCGCUGCUCCAGCCAGAGCUGGUGCCGUUGCCCCAGCUGAUGUCUACAUCCCAGCCGGUAACACCGGUAUGGAACCAGGAAAGACCUCUUUCUUCCAAGCUCUCGGUGUCCCAACCAAGAUUGCCCGUGGUACCAUUGAAAUUACCGCAGACUUGAAGCUCGUUGAGGCUGGUUCCAAGGUCGGAGCUUCCGAGGCUACCCUUCUUAACAUGUUGAACAUCUCUCCGUUCACAUACGGUAUGGGUAUCUCCCAAGUUUACGAUGAUGGUAACACUUUCCCACCAAGUGUUCUCGACAUCGAGGAGUCCCAACUUCUCAAGGCUUUCAGCAGUGCUAUCACCACCAUCGCUGCUAUCUCCUUGGCUGCCAACUUCCCAACCCUUCCAUCUGUUAUGCACUCUGUUGUCAACAGCUACAAGAAGGUUUUGGCUGUUGCCAUCUCGACCGACUACAGCUGGUCUGAGAUUGAUGAGUUGAAGGACCGAAUUGCCAACCCAGAGGCCUACGCCAGUUCCGGACCUGCCGUUACUGAGGCUGCCCCAGCUGCCGUUGCUGAGGAGGCCAAGAAGGAGGAGUCCGAGGCUGAGGAGUCCGCUGAUGAGGGAUUCGGAGGAAUGUUCGACUAA